AGGGAGACGGACAGUGAGAGAGGGACGGGCACACGCGACGGCAUCUCACCUGUUUGCCGACCCGCCAGUCUAGUUUACGCGCCCGGUCAUCCGCCGGCUCUACAAGUGGGUAUUCCAUCGCGACCUUGCUCGUUUCCUCAUCGCGAGCGCGACACGCACCGAGUUUCUUUCUUUGAACGAACAAGCGUCGUUGUCAACGUGUUGCACGGAGUUCUCGCCCCGUGGGUGCUUCGACCAGCGCUGGACAGCCACGGAAGUCGGUGCGAAAGCGAUGCCACGGUUCAAGCCUGAAGGAACUGGAAGCUCGUUGACCGGUACGAAGGGGACGACUUAAGGUGUUCCACUCAGUUGCAAAUGGCUGUCAGGCAGAAUCGAUACCGCGACGCGAAGAACCGUGAAAGUUCCCGAGGCCGAGGUGGUAACGCGUGUUCCGUGGUCGAUGCGUACGUGGCCGCGUCGCAUUGAGAGGAUGUCCAGCGUUUGAGCGUGAAGAAACGACACCCAACGAUGAGCUUCUUCAACUCGUUGCAACAGUACGUGAGCGACAGCGUCGCGAGCCUCAGCCUGAGCCCGAAGCGAUUCUCGUUCAGUCGCGAGGAUUCCGGGUCCAGCACGACCGGGAGGAGCGGAUCCACUGGCAGCGUCACCGGUACCACCGGCUCCACCAACUCCACCGCCCAGCAAGCCACCCCCUAUGGAUACCCUAAGGUGGUACCACCGCCGGGGAUGGCAACGGGCAACUAUGGUCGAUCGUUGUCGACACGGAGACGCACCCUCGAGUGCACUUCCGCGCCGGGACUCACGGUGCACCCGGCCGCCGGAAGCGCAUCGGGCACCACGUCUCCCCGUAGGGUCGGCUCCUUUCGCAGGAGCACCGGUUCCGGCGAUCGACCGCCUUUGACGUUCUGCCGCCGGAGACCCUCUUGGCCGGAAGUCGACAUACAAGCCACUUCCGGGGUUCAAGAGACGGAUGGGUCGUUCUUCGAGAGUUUCACAGCGCUGUCCUGGAAGCAGCAGAAUCGAAGACUAGUGGUGAUGCAGGAAGUGGAGGCCAGGGCCAAAGAACCACCGCCGCCGUCCAGGGACAGCUUGACGUCCUCGCAAUCCUAUCGUUUCACCAAGGACGAGCAGCUGUACACGGAGGUUCUUUACACUAUCGCAAACACCGUGGGCGCCAGCACCGGACAGUACGCCCAUUACAAAGAGGACCUUUAUAGGUACGCGCAGGAGGCUUUCGGUGUGCCACAGGAUCAGCACCGGCGAUGCCUCAGCAUUGCAUCCGAGGAGAAGCCGCCCAUUGUCGUUCUAAGCGUGGUGGUAGUGGAGGCGGAAGGGCUCGAAGCGAAAGACGCCAACGGAUUCAGCGACCCUUACUGCAUGCUGGGCAUCCAACCGGGAAAUAUGGGCGCGCCGUUGAGCCCUCAGACGAAUUUAACGGCGCAUUCACCGCACACACCACCGGCAUCCCCUAGACAAGCGACUCGCGCCCUCUCCGACGGCGGUGAAACCGAGAAUUCGCAUCACGAGAAAUUGCGCAAGCAUCAUAGUUUCAGAUUGUCAUUCAAGCGGAAGGAACAUUCGAGCAGGCGGGAGCACCGAGAAUCGUUGAGCGGAGCUGUGCCAGCGAAAUACAUACGCGCGACCACGGUGAAACCGCACACUCUGAGCCCGCGAUGGAACGAGAAGUUUCGUUUCGAUAUCGACGAUAUCCACACGGAUAUCCUGCAUCUAGACAUAUGGGACCACGACGACGAGUCCUCGGUAUUCGACGCGGUGAGCAAGCUGAACGAGGUGCGAGGCGUCAAGGGUCUCGGUAGAUUCUUCAAACAGAUCGCACAGAGCGCGAGAUCCGGGGGCCAAGACGACUUCCUCGGCUGCGUGAACAUACCCCUUCAGGAUAUUCCGAGCACGGGGUUGGAUCGAUGGUACAAAUUAGAGGCAAGAACGCAACGAAGUACUAUCCAGGGUAGAAUUAGAUUAAGGCUGUGGCUAUCGACGAGAGAGGACAGGGGAACCUCCGAAGAGGACAACUGGGGCGAACUGCGGCAGCAGGAGAGACUGUACACGGUCUUCCUUCACCACGAGAUGAACAAACAAGGGGAAGACUUCACUGGUGAAUUGCCACAAACGGCACUAACGAUUCUUCAUCAGCACGCCGUCCAGGGCGACGUCACCGAGCUCCAACAGACGUUGGUCAGAUGGGUGACGACGUCCAGACAGCCAGCCUGCGAUCCGAAGAUCCUCCAUCGCCUUCUUCAGGAGUUGGACAACGUGUGGCACACGGACACGCUUUCUCGUGACGAGGGACAAUGUUUGGCCGACUCGUUCAACGAGUUCCUCGACAUCGCUCUGAGGAGAGUUCGUCAACACCGAGUGCUCUACCCACCGUUGCAUCGGCCGUCAAUCGCCAAACUCGAUUACCUUCUCAGAUGUUUAGGUCUGUUGUCGAAUAUGAAAGCCUUCCGAGCCUGUUGUCCGUUCAACAAAGAAAUCCGUGGGGAGAUAAUCACCGCUCUUAGAAGAGGAACCCUCGAAUGGUACGAGGACACGACGCAGCUGACGAUGUGCUACGACAAAGAGCCAGAUCAGGACGCGGACAAAGUCCUGCAGGACUUCACGAACUUGGUGACCGCGUUACUGGUGGAUCUGGAGCAAGGACUCACUUAUUACAACAGUCUCUUCGAAAGCACAAACGGCGUGCCAUACUUCUCGGCGGUGUACAAGCAAUUGGACAAACUGCUGGCGGAACACGUGCCGAAACACAUGGAGAACACAUCCGAGAUGCAAAACGAGCUCGGGGCAAAGGUCACCACGGCUUGUCUCCAGCUUCACGGUCAAAACGCGGACGAGGAAUAUGUGCUACCGCCCGGUGCAGAAAUUGGAACACCCAUGUUCGAACUGUAUUUGGCUCUCCAGGAUUUCGUCACAAUGAAGGAGAACCUGCCGCAGUCGGAUCAUAAAACUUUGGCGAUUUGCAAGUAUUACGAGUGGUUCCGACCAGCUGUCGACAAAUGGUUGGACCUGGCUAAAUUGAAGGCGAUCCAGCGCGUGAGGAAAUCUGCUGAACUCGAUCGAAUCUGCACCAGCGAGUACAUCGUUAAACAUGGAACCUCUGCCAUCGACGUCACAGCGUGCUUCUAUCAGAUCAAAGAAUUCUGGAAGAAAUUGGCGUGGCCGGAUCUCGUCGGGUCGUACAAUCUAGUCCUGAAAGUCGUCGACGCGAUAUGCAGUUCGGCUGCUUACUACACCGAGCUCACUCAUCAGAAAUUAGCGGAUAGCGGUUACUACGAAGACCAGACGCCUUAUAAGACAACUGACGAGGUAAUCGCUGAGAUGUGCGUGGCUGUCAACGGUCUGGAGUACGUUCGACGCUGGCUGCUGACUCUGAGCGAGGAGCUCAUGGUCGAGAAGAUACUGAACGCCUUGGAGUGUCAGGCCGGCGAUUCCGCACGGGCGCAGUGGAGAACUGCUCUGGCCUCGCCGUUGGAACAAACACCAGGACAAAUGCUGUUGUUCAUCAAUCAAAUUACCUCCAGAAUCGGCAUGAAGAUGCGACCGCCGUUGAAGAAGGCGAUGUUCCAUCUCGCGUGGUCGCCGGACAGCUUGCCCACUUCAGAAGCGAUCGCACCGCUCCUCGAGUACUUAGACAUGCACCUGGUGGUGCUGAACACGUCUCUGCUCGCGGUGAACUUCAACCGGAUGCUUCAAGACAUCUGGGAGGUGGUCCUCGCCGAGCUCAGCAACCAGAUGGACGGGAACGCUGGCGACAAGCCAGCUAUGUUCUACGAAAGGCUUCACGAGGCGUUGGACCUGUUGAUGAAGUUCUUCCAUGAAGAUGAAAAGGGUCUGCCGUACGAGACGUUGCAUUGUCAGAGCUUUUUGAACGUCGAGGAGCGGCUUCAGUAUCACAAGAUGGACACGAAUUUCCUGAUCGAUCGAUUCCAUCGACAGCGACUCAUGGAUCAACAGAACACCGUCUCCACGGAAUACGGCGUCUUGACGGUAAGAGCGUACCUGAACCACGACUCCCUCUGCGUGGAAGUGAUAAGCGCCAGGGACGUGAUACCGUUAGAUCCGAACGGUUACAGCGAUCCGUUCGUAAUAAUCGAACUGCUGCCGCGACGGAUCUUCGAGCCCUGCGCCGAACAGCACACCAACGUCAAGAAGAAGACGUUGAAUCCCAUCUUCGACGAAUGCUUCGAAUUCUCCGUGAACGUGGAGCAGUGUCAGAGCCCGGAUGCCAUGGUGUUGUUCACGGUGAUGGAUCACGACGUGCUAACGGCCAAUGAUUUCGCCGGCGAAGCGUUCUUGGGAUUGAGCACGAUACCCGGCGUCACGGAUACCAACGCCAGCAUAGACAAUUUUCACGGCCUCAAGUACACGGAGCUACCCCUGAUGCAUCAGAAGAAUCGAAAUCAUCCGAUUCUGCAGAUCCUGGAGUCGAGAGUGGGCGACAAGUUGGCGCUCGAUUUCGUGAAGAAACAGAAGCAACGGUUCGCCUCGACGUAAAGCGGGCCCGCGGGCAAACGAGUAAAGAGAGAUGAUUACGAGGGAUUCUAUCGAAAAGAUCGUAAAAAGAGAGGAACGCUGAACUCGUCGUGAAAAAAUUCGUCAGACCUUUUCUCGGUGUAAAUCAAAUGUUGCAAUUAUAAUCGGUGUUGGUAACUAAUGAAACUAAGAAAACAAAAAGAUUAAGCGAAGAGGAAAUAUUGUUAAAGAGGAGCAUCGAGCAUCAAAAAGAGAAUAUAUUGUAUCUGUAUGAGAAUGAUGAUCUGAUGUCAGAACUAUUUUUGUGUGGAGAGGAAACGAGUCGCGAAGCGAAUGUAUUAAAAAGAAGGAUGGGAGAAUAGUGAUUAAAAAACAAGUUUCAAUCUGUCGGCGUGACGUAUCUAAGGAUAAAUGUUUAAAAAAAAAAAGAAUCGUCGAGACCGUCGAGACUCGAAGCGAUGCUGAACGGCCGGGAACGAUGAACAAAUUGUCAAUGAUUCGUUUUUCAAGAUCUCCUUACGUCCAUCGGUUCGAGGAAAGUCGCAUCUUUUACUUUUGUGCAAAACUCAAUAAAGAUAUGAGGAAGAUAAUUAAUCAAACGGUUGAUUCGUCCAUCGGCAGUUCGCGUCGCUUCGACGAACCUGCGAAUCAAUUCCAGAGAGUCGAUAUAAUAAUAAUAGUAAUAACGAUAAUGAUAACGAGAUAUUUUUCUUACACUCAUCAUUGGCUAACUCGUCUCUUUCUAUCUUUCCACCGCGCGUCGUUUCUCACCUCUCGAGUUCGAUAUUUCCAAUGAUACUUUCAGCAAUGUUUUCUUCCAGAUCACGCGAAACAAUCGAUCCUUUCUCGUAAAAGUCUGCACGACGGAUUUCGAUCGACGUUCAAAAAGAAAUUGUUAAAGAAAUAGAAACGAAAGUAUGAAAAUUCUUAGAUGGACGAUGAAUCUCGUGACUGUGUUACAUGUGUACGUGAGAGUGAAGAAUUACACGUUCGUUAUAAAAACGUAUAAUUGACGGACCGCGAACGUUCAUGACGAAGACUCGAUUAAUGAAUUGUCCCAAUUUUAUGCUCAGUCUCACUGCACUCAUUGUACGGUGCAGAUGUUUCUCGUGCAUCCUCUGUAAAUUCACGGGUAAAGUUUCUGCGCACAUGUCUGCGUAUUCAAAAUGAAUGAACGUUCGCAGUCCGGUAAUUGAGAAACGAAAGUGUCUAAUCGUUGUGUCCCAAGAGGAUUCGGUGUUUGACUUUGCUCGUACAAUCUGACUAAUCUUUCUACAAGCUAUUUUCACGAUUUCCUCGACGCAACACGCGUCACUAAAAGUCGAUUCGACGAAAUUGGACGAGUAUCAGACGAUGGUUUCACAAUAUGUUUCGGACGUUCAUUGAAAGAGUUGAGACGUGAUUCUGUUCGAACGUUCAUCGCGAUUAAUACGGCACAGUGCGUCGACGAAAGUAAUCGAUGGACAUCGACGACCAAACUUAGCUAGAACCGUUAAAACGAGAAGAAUCUUUAAAAAAAAUAAAUAAAAAACAAAAUAGAGAUAAAAGAAACGGCGGAAAGCGCACAUUCGUCAAUUUUUCUAUCUGCACGUUAAAUUCAUUCGGUUCGUGUCUUGAUUAAACACGUGAGGAGAAAUGAAUACUUGAGAAACUGGAGGAGACAACGCGUGUCUCGAGAUAGAAACUUCGGUGAGAGCGUGUGGAAUUUAAAGAAGGAACGAAUUAUUUAAAACGAAGAAGAAACGAUGAUAUCUCUCGAAAAUGUCGUCUGUCCGAUCCUCGGUAUUGAUCUCGUGCAUCGAAUCCAAUCGAACUCUAUUUGCUUUUUCAACCUUUUACAAUCACCGUAAAGAGAAAACGAAAAAAAAGAAGAACGUAUGUACAAUUUGUCUUGUAUCGUAAGACGAAUAAAUUAACAUAAAUGUACGA